UGGUGACAAGGUGGAGGAUCCGCCAAUACUACAUUUGAUGUGGGGUCAUGGAACCGGUAUUAGAUUAGCUUGUGAAGACAUCGGUGGCAUUCGAUAGUGACAGUGAACUGAAAAUCAUUCAUGAUUACUGUGAACAUACGGAUUAGUCGCUAAAAGACGGUCUUCAAAAUAUCAGGAUAUGGCUAAAAUUACACAUCGUCCUGAUCACCCAGACCAGACCAAACUUUAGAAGCGAUCCGGGAAGCGAUCACCAUCUUAAAACGUUUGGUACGUUCGCCAUUUGAAGACAAGCAGUACUAUCUCUCUUACCUGACACAGUCAAGUGAGUUUGUCAUAGUAGGCCUAUGCAUGGUAACGAAUCUAAUGGAUAUCGUCACAGACAUAGUCACCAACAUCGGUACCGAGCAAACUUUCACCGACGUUUACACCGACUGGUCUGCUAACGUUACUUAUUUGCCGACAAAGACCUUCAGGACUUCGACUGGAGAAGUAACAAGCAACGAUGAUAAUCACCGAGACAGUGUCGGGUGGGUAUUUGACCCUCCUGCAAUUUCAGCUUUUAUCUUCUUCCAGGUGAUUGCUGCCAUCCUGGGAGUCGUAGGAAACACAUGUGUCUUAUUAGUGACGAGCAGAUGGAAAGCGAAAAUGAAGUCAACAACGGAUGCCUUGGUGCGUGCUCUGGCAGUUGCCGACCUCUUGACAUCCAUUCUGAUUGUACCUCACCCUUACGCCAGCUCCGUACCUAACACGAUUCUUGGCGAAUUCUACUGCAAGGUUGUCACAUCUCACAUCUUCAUGUGGACAUCUGUCGUCGCCUCGAUACUCACGUUGACUGCGAUUUCGAUCGAAAGAUACUUGGCGAUAUCACACCCUUUCUUUCACAGACGAUCGGUGACGAACAAACGAAUAAGAGGGUUGAUAGUGACCGUAUGGAUCCUGGCUUUUCUCCUCAAUGUCAACCCACUUUUUGUGGAGUAUGUCGAUAAAGUAUCGCACCAUUGCGUCUUUAGAUACCACCGUCGGGACUUGGCGGGAAAGAUGUUUUAUGGCGUGACCGUUUUCAUGAUCGAAUUCAUAACACCGUCUACCAUUAUGGUGAUCACGCACGUCCUUGCCUCGCGCACACUCAACCGCGAACUUCUGCGUUUCGAGAAAAAGACCAGCCAAUCAGAAACUUUUGGGCUAUCUAAGAAGUUGGUCGUGGCAAAGAAAAGAAACAUGAAAUCGCUUUUGAUAAUCUUUAUGACAUUUCUUGUUUGCUGGGCUCCUGAACAGAUAUUCGUGUUGCUUUUCAAUUUAGGAAUAAUUGACCAUUCUCAUCUCGAAAGCCAGGCAUAUUCGUACACCGUGCUACUAGCUUUCGUUAAUUCUUGUGCUAAUCCUAUAAUCUAUACCACACGAUAUCCGAAGUUUAGAACUGCCAUUGCUUCAAUGUUGGCAUGCUGCAGUGGUAAGCAUGGCAAGGGAAAGGACAACAUUCCCCCUGCCAUGCCUGCUACUAUAUUCUCUCCUGACAUGACUGAAAAUAAAAGGAAAGACAGCGAUAACGUUUAAAAAUAAAACAUUUCUUGACCAUAUUUGUCGAUUUCAACAAGUGUGUCGACUGGAGUGCCGACUACUAUACUUUAAAGCAGCAUGACAAUUGGCCCGUUUCAUUUUUAUUCUUCAAUUAUUGCAACCUUGCCGUUAUGGUUACUACCAGGGAAAACUUAAUUUUUAAUUUGUUGCAACCCUCUUAUCAUCAUGAUAGGUAAUAGAAUGCCAAAGUUGUAUACCGCAAAUCGUAACAAGUCUUUUAUUUCAAACGGGCCUCUGAGGGUUGACGGGAUUGGAGAAUAUGACUUUUCUCAGGUAAAUAUGUUUUGUUUAAGUAUGUCAAUGUUUAUGGGAGAGAUUCUAGUGAACUAGAACAAAAAACUGUUAUAAUGACAGUGGGCACUGCAAAAACGUUGCCUAAAAUUUUAAGCACGUCACUCUAACCACUAUAUUGUUUAAACUUUUUAAACAACUGUUUGAAUUCUUAACAAGUUGUUUUAAAAAGUUUGAAUAAUUACAAAAAAAACUGAACAAUUAGCUUUUUGCUAGAGUGACAGGCUUAAACAACAUGCUAUAUUUUUUACUGUGGAAAAGGAGCUUUUUUAAUCCAUGUCGAAGAUCUAUUUAUUUGGCAAAAAUGUACAAAAUUGUUAUAGGUUUUUAAGCCUGGCACAUCAAGCAGUUACAUAAUACUGCUGUA